GUUCCUUUUCCUCAUUUUUUUCUAUUUAUAUGUGCUAAUAUAACAAUGAAUGACUCAAUAAUUACUACUCCACUUAAAUUGUCUUUAUUACACAUUCAAUUCUUCUAUUUACGUGUUAUACACUAAAAACACUCGAGAGUCAUUUAUGAAUUGCAUUCUUUUAACUACACCUUCGUCCCUUACUCUUCUUUCUCCAUCUUUUUAUCAGUUUAGAAAGUCAAGAAAUCCCCAUCAGUAAUUCUCUGAAAUUCUGAAUAAUUCCACCUUAAAUGAUAUUGUAACAAAAAAAAAAAUCCACUUUAAAUUCAGAAUUUGAAGCAACUACAACCUGUCGUUUCCUAAUCAAAAAACCCAAAGGUCAUAUCAUGAAUUUUACCACAUACUAUUUGCAAGUCUAUGAAAAAGCAAAUCCAACAGGACUUGGAAGCUAAUGGGAGAUCCGUACAUGUUACCUUCUUUGAUCUAUGUAAUUCGAGUUUUCAGCAGGUUGGUUGUACAAUUACUUACCUACUUCUAUAGAUGGUUAAAUUUUUUUAGCAGGUUCGUUGUACAUUGUUAUUUAAUUUUUUUUAUAAAGCUAACACCAUCUUACAUAAACAAAAUGCUAACUUUCUACACAAGGCUCUGGCAUCUCACCGCAAUAAGAUUAGUGAAAUAUUUUAUCAUAUGUUCCAUCAGAGAAUCCUACAAAUAUUAUCAUCCCAAGCAAAAUUCUCAAAAUCGUGAAUGCUCCGAGAAUAGUUCCAGAUCUACUAAGAAUUCUGGAAAGAACUGAGCAACUUCCACUCUGACGAAGAUAAAUUUACUUGAAAGAGAAAUAGGUUGACUUAAAAUGACUUUACUGGCCAAAGAGGAAGGUCUGAGUGCAGCUUAGAAUUUCUUCAAUGAGAAAGUAAUUGCUCUUCACUAGCACAUGGCAAAUUUGAGAUUCUCUAAGAGCCUAGCUUGUGGCAUGCUUGUCCUAAAUCAAGAGAAACCAACGAAACUAACAGUUGACUUGGUUCUGUUUAUCCUUUAUACUUGGAUCUUUGUCAAAUUCAUCGUGACUUGAUUGACUUCACUUUCAAAUGAAAAGAAGCACAAGUGGAUGUAUCAAUAUGCUCAAAGAAAGCUCUUGCCACUUUUUCCUUAAAAUGCAAAUCUUCUUCCUUAUGUUUUUCAUCUUAAUUAGCCUGUCUUUCCAAGAAAUUUUACAAUUUCCAAGCACGGAACAGUCCAUCUUACUAAGCUUGAAACAGCACUGAA